ACGUGCAGCCGCGCCGGGUGCAGGAUGGCGGCGGCCGCAGCGGUGGGUGUCAGGCUCCGGGAUUGCUGCAGCCGGGGUGCUGUGCUGCUGCUCUUCUUCUCCCUGUCCCCUCGGCCCCCGGCCGCCGCUGCCUGGUUGCUGGGCCUGCGGCCCGAGGACACCGCUGGAGGCCGCGUGUCCCUGGAGGGGGGCACCCUGCGCGCGGCCGAAGGCACCAGCUUCCUCCUGCGCGUCUAUUUCCAGCCCGGGCCGGCCGCGCCCGCGGCGCCGGUGCCCGCACCCACCCUUUCCCCGAGGGAGAACGGCACCGGCGACUGGGCUCCGCGACUCGUGUUUAUCGAGGAACCCCCGGGCGGGAGCGGCUUGGCUCCCAGCGCGGUCCCCACGCGCCCGCCGGGGCCGCAGCGCUGCCGCGAGCAGAGCGACUGGGCGUCGGACGUGGAGGUCCUGGGGCCACUGCGCCCCGGAGGCGUGGCGGGCUCGGCUCUAGUCCAGGUGCGGGUGCGGGAGCUGCGCAAGGGCGAGGCAGAGCGGGGCGGCGCGGGCGGUGGCGGGAAGCUCUUCUCGCUGUGCGCCUGGGAUGGGCGCUCCUGGCACCACCACGGCGCCGCGGGCGGCUUCCUGCUGCGCGUCCGCCCGCGUCUGUACGGCCCCGGCGGGGACCGGCCCCCGGCGUGGCUGCGGGUGCUGGGGGCCCUCCUGCUGCUCGCCCUGUCUGCCCUGUUCAGCGGCCUGCGCUUGAGUCUGCUCUCGCUGGACCCGAUGGAGUUACGGGUGCUGCGGAACAGCGGCUCGGCCGCCGAGCAGGAACAGGCGCGCCGCGUGCAGGCCGUGCGCGGGAGGGGGACCCAUCUGCUCUGCACCCUGCUCCUGGGCCAAGCCGGAGCCAACGCGGCCUUGGCCGGCUGGCUGUACGCCUCGCUACCGCCGGGCGUCGGGGGCGCGGGAGAAGAUUACGCAGAGGCGGGGAUUCACUUCCCCUGGCUGCCCGCACUUGUGUGCACCGGCGCCGUGUUCCUGGGCGCCGAAAUCUGCCCCUACUCGGUGUGUUCGCGGCACGGACUGGCCAUCGCCUCGCACAGCGUGUGCCUGACCCGGCUGCUGAUGGCUGCAGCCUUCCCUGUGUGCUACCCGCUGGGCCGCCUGCUGGACUGGGCGCUGCGCCAGGAGAUCAGCACCUUCUACACCAGGGAGAAGCUGCUGGAGACGCUGCGGGCUGCAGACCCCUACAGCGACCUGGUGAAGGAGGAGCUCAACAUUAUUCAGGGCGCCCUGGAGCUGCGCACCAAGGUGGUGGAGGAAGUGCUGACCCCGCUCGGGGACUGUUUCAUGCUGCGCUCGGACGCUGUGCUCGACUUCGCCACGGUCUCCGAGAUCCUGCGCAGCGGAUACACUCGCAUCCCGGUCUACGAGGGCGACCAGAGGCACAACAUUGUGGACAUUCUGUUUGUCAAAGACUUGGCCUUCGUGGACCCCGACGACUGCACGCCGCUCCUCACGGUCACUCGCUUCUACAACCGGCCCCUGCACUGCGUCUUCAAUGAUACGCGGCUGGACACGGUGCUGGAGGAGUUUAAGAAGGGAAAAUCUCACCUGGCCAUUGUCCAGCGGGUGAAUAAUGAGGGAGAAGGGGAUCCCUUCUAUGAGGUGAUGGGCAUUGUCACACUGGAGGACAUCAUAGAAGAGAUCAUCAAGUCAGAGAUCCUGGACGAAACUGACCUGUACACCGACAACCGGAAAAAGCAGAGGGUCCCGCACCGGGAGAGAAAGAGACACGACUUCUCCUUGUUUAAGCUCUCGGACUCAGAGAUGAGGGUGAAGAUCUCUCCACAGCUUCUACUGGCCACGCACCGCUUCAUGGCCACAGAAGUGGAGCCCUUUAAGUCUCUGUACCUUUCGGAGAAGAUCCUGCUCCGACUCUUGAAACAUCCCAACGUGAUCCAGGAGCUGAAGUUCGAUGAGAAGAACAAGAGGGCCCCUGAGCAUUACCUCUACCAGCGCAGCCGGCCCGUAGACUACUUCGUGCUGCUGCUGCAGGGUAAAGUGGAGGUGGAGGUUGGUAAGGAAGGCCUUCGCUUCGAGAAUGGAGCCUUCACCUACUACGGCGUCCCAGCCAUCAUGACCGCUGCCUGCUCAGAUAAUGAUGUGCGGAAGGUUGGAAGCCUGACUGGAUCCUCUGUCUUUCUGCCCGUCUCUGUGUCUCGCACCUUCGCCUUCAGCAGAGGGGACUCUCUGGCAGGCUCCCCAGUAAACCGGUCCCCUUCUCGAUGCAGCGGCUUGAACCGCUCAGAAUCCCCAAACCGUGAGCGCAGCGAUUUUGGGGGGAGCAACACCCAGCUGUGCAGCAGCAGCAACAACCUCUACACGCCUGACUACUCAGUGCACAUCCUCAGCGACGUGCAGUUUGUGAAGAUCACGCGGCAACAGUACCAGAAUGCGCUCACUGCCUGCCACAUGGACAGCUCGCCCCAGUCCCCUGACAUGGAGGCCUUCACUGACGGAGACUCCACCAAGGCCCCCACUAUCCGGGGCACACCCCAGACCCCCAAGGAUGACCCUGUCGUUGCCCUCCUGAACAGCAGGAACAGCCUGCCGUGCAGCCACUCGGAUGGGCUGAGAAGCCCUGGCGAGGUUGUGUACCUGCGGAUGGAGGAGUUGGCCUUUACCCAGGAGGAGAUGGCAGACUUCGAGGAGCAGGACACGCAGCAGCUCUCACUGUCUCCCACCACUGUGCCCACGAGAGCAGCCUCAGAUAGCGAAUGUUGUAACAUCAACCUGGACACAGAGACCAGCCCCUGCAGUAGCGACUUUGAAGAAACCGUGGGCAAGAAGCUGCUGAGAACCUUGAGUGGUCGAAAAAGGAAGAGGUCACCAGAUGGAGAGAGAGCCUCUGAGGAGAACUCCAACUUAACGCCUCUGAUCACAUGACAAAUGUCAACUAGGUGUGUGAGAUCCAGAUCUUUGGGGGAGGACCCACCCUCCCAUCAUCUGCUUCCCCCCACGGCCUCACACAGGUGACAGAGCACUAUGCUUUCCUUACCACCUCUUCACCCCUAGCUGUCAGACGGGCAGAUCUCCCCUCAUUGCCUCCAGUUUGACUCAGAGCCUUGCCAUGGCCAUCAUGGGAAGGAGGUACCUCCAAUGAAACAAUGAAAAAGGUCUUGUCCACAGCACAGUCUGGGACUGGAGAAGAAAUGACUCCAAGCUAACACCACCACUCUGGGACCCAGUGUUCCGCUCUGGGCCCAUCUUGUUCCUUGGGAUCCCCUGAUGCCAUAGUUCAUGCUUAGCUGAGCUCAGGAUGCACCAACAGCCAGGCACAGAGGAGGCUGGAGUAGUAAGUGUGAAGGUUAGCUCAGGAGAUGCACCAUGAACUCCUCCAGAACUUUAGAGCAGUGACAGCCAGCCACGCUGGCAUGUGACGUUAUAGUACAGAAAGCCAUCGGUGACUGGUUUCCUGUUAGAUAAGGGUUCCAGCAGUCUGGGAAGUGUGUCUCAGCUGGAAUGGAAAGAAUGGGAGAUGAAACCUCGAGUCACUGUUUUUCCCAGGGACACAUGUUUUGACUCCCAAUCAGCAAUCAAUCAAUCUGCUCUGGAAGAGGAGGAGCAAGGAGCAGAGAGACCCAGUUGGGAGCCAAAGAUGGAACUUCAGGUCUUAAGUGCAAAGCAAAGCAAAGCAAAAAAAAAAAAAAAAAAAACAACCUUAGGUGGAGAAAUUCUAAGCUGUUAAAGCAGGUUUAAGCCAUGACAUACCAAAGAGUGCCCAGGUCAGCCGAGGAAGAUGCAAGCUCUCGUGGGCUUCAGUGUGCACUAUGCAGGAAGACUGAAAUGCCACUCUUCUUUCUCAUCCAUUCCCUAGCCCUCCGCCCCGCUUACUCUGCCCCAGCAGGUCAGCCAAGUGUAGUUUAUUCCAAGGAUUUAUCAGAACACUGGGUUUUCGCCUGUUGAGGCAGAUGCAAUUCCAAAAUUGACCACCCAGUGGCAGAAUAGCUGCACCUACGCUACUUAAGAAUUCCAUUCAGAUCAGGAACCUUGCAGCCAGCCUUUGAGAAAAUGUGAAAGUGUGGGUUGUCUUUAGGACAUUCACUUCCCUUUCUGAUCUACUUCCCAUCCCCUCCAUCAGGGAUCCAGUGCUGCCUGCUGUAUCUCCAAACCAUUCCCAAACUUUCCCCUGGGCUGUACCAUCCACACUUCCUUCCCCUACCCCCAAAACCAUUACUCCCAGGCUCCCACACCCCAUUCAACCAAUAAUCACUUGGGAAGAGGGAGACUAAAAAUUCCUCUGGGUUAUUUGCAUCUGAAAAGCAAAUGCUUACCCACAGGAACCUUUAACUCAGGGGUCAUAAUUUGGGGUCCAUCACCCCAGAGGGUCCAUUUGUUGGACUUGAGGGUCCAUGAAACCCCUAACACUGUCAGAAUUUAGUCUAUGUGUCCUUAUGCGUGUUUUCCAGAGGGCUAAAGCUUUCAUAAUAUUCUCAAAGGUCUCAGACCCACAAAGUGUUUUUUUAGAAAAAAAAAAAAAACUAUUUUAACUAGUGGAUCUUUCAGCCCCAAAUUUCUGCAAUGCAGAGUGAGAUGAAUAUUGAGCAGUUUAAGAUAAAAUUUUAAUUACAAGUGGUCUUCUCAAGUGUCCAUCAAAUCAGUGGGGAAAACUGGUACCCAAGAAGUGGAAAUUCUCAGAAGUUCUUGGCACUCCCAGUGUGGGAUAGUGUAGCCUACGUAACUUCAUCCUCUGCCCCCACCAAGCCAGAGCAGGUGUUGCAGACGGGAGGGCCACAGCACAUGGAUGCAGACAUUCCAGCUGGAGAUGCCUUUUCCAGCCAUGUAUUAUUAUUGACUUUAUACUCCUUGCCUGACUCCACCUGAGGUUCAGCAGUGCAUGACUUCUCGUAGAUAACUCCACAGCCACCCCCCAGCCCCACACCUACUUUGUCUAGAAGGAAGAGGCAAAGCGGCAGCCCCGAUGCUGGGGCCCAAGGCCCAAACCAGCCAACAGUGAGUUUCAAGCAAGAAUUGCCAUCAUGCAGUCUUCUUGCCCAGCUGGCCACAGGCCUCAGGGGGGCCAGGCUUGUCUUCCUUUCAUUACCCCUUAGAUCACCAGGCCCAGGCCACUGCUGUUGCAUCACAUCCAUCCCCUUGCAAAACCCCUAAUGAGCCUGUCACCACUCCCUCCCUAAUCCCGCCACCCCAAUAUUUUCUUCAGGUUAAAAAUAAAAGGUUUAAAGAAAGAGGAUUUUAAAACAAAGGAUUUAUGACGGUUCGAUACAUUGUAAAUAAUUUUUAAAUAAAAUGAAAAUGCUUU